CUCAGUUGAGUCACAGAAUCGUCUCCCGUUGGAUUUUCGAAGCACGAACUCUCUCGGUUGCGACAUCGGUCCCGCGUAACCGUCUUGAAACAACAAAGUCAGCCGAGCCAAACAAUCGCGCUCUCGUCGGAAUUUAUUUUUUUUUUUUUUCGUGAAUCCAAAUCGAGCCUCGAGCCGCCGCCUCUCCCGCUGGCAGAAAUUCGUCGAUCGAACCCUGCGAUUCCUGCAAACAUGCCAACAUCUAAAUUUAUCUCUAACGGAGAGGAGCAUCAGACGGCAAGGAUUGGGAGCCGAAGGCUCGAUUCCGUUCGAUUCGCGAUACUCGAGAUAAACAAAUGAAAAGAGGAACAGAAGUUUGGUUACGAUGAUCGUUUGACCUGAUUCGAAUUAGGGACGAGGUUAAGCGAAGCCGUAGAAAAUAAAGAUGCCUCAAAUCAGAAAAGGGAACAGAAUACCUAACGCGACCUUGUACGAGGCUCAACCAGAAAACCGAAUCAAUAUUUUGGAUCUCGUGGGGAAUAAGAAGGCCAUCAUCUUUGGUGUACCCGGUGCUUAUGUUCCUGGAUGCUCCAGAGUUCAUUUAAGAGGAUUUAUUGAAAAGUCGACAGAUUUGAGGUUUCUGGGCUUUCAGGAAAUAAUCUGUGUGUCUGUAAACGACCCAUUCGUGCUUUCUGCUUGGGGAAAUGCCAAAGGAGCUAACAAUAAGGUAAGAAUGUUGGCAGAUCCAAUGGCAUCUUAUACCAAGGCAAUUGGAAUGGACACUGAUAUUCCAGAACUAGGAGGAAUAAGAAGUAGAAGGUAUUCCAUGGCAAUCGUGAACGGUGUUGUCAAAGAAUUAUUUAUAGACGCGCCUAAUGUGAAACUCGUCUGUUUACAUUCGGACGGAGUUCCAACUUAUUGCACCUGAUUAUCUUAUCAAUUAGAAAUAAACAUUUUCUGUUAUGCUGAUCUUGCGUCGUGAUCCUUGGGAAUUGUGUAACGCCUCGUUUAGUCUAUUAUUCCAAUACUCGAAUGCCUCUCACAGAGAAGUUAGUGUUUCAACACAUCCAUACAAACGCUCCAAUCAAACCCGUGUAUCUUAAACAUUCAUAACAUCCAAUGUGCAACAUAAAAACCUAAAAAAGAGAAACAUAGCAUUAGAUACGAACCAUCAGAGCAUGUAAUCGAAGAAUGAAAAAUAUUAUCAUGAGAGUCGUAUUCGUAUCCACAAAUAGAAACUAAGUGACCAGUCGAUUAGCGCGCAAGAAGCGCACGGUCAAUGGAGGCUCACAAUUGGAUCCUUCCUAUGCCUCACGUGUGACGCCGUAUCGUGAGUGCAACGUGAUUCCUCGUAAACACACGUUCCUGGUCUAUUUUUAUAGCGACCGUUACCGAAUCAAAACACGCGAGAUUACAUAGUCGGACGGAGCAGUUGGGAACGCGCUCGCAACACUUCCUCCGAGCGAUACGUGUACCGGGAAUGUACAGGGUGUCCCAGCCAGGUGGCACCCAAAAUCCCGACAGCCCAAAACUCCGUGCUCUUGGUUAGGUUAGGUUAGUUUUGUGUAACUUUUUGGAAGAUUAGGUUAGUUCUGUGUAACAUUUUGUAAGGUUAGGUUAGGUUAGAUUUAGGUUUAGGUUAGGACACCCAAACUUUUGGAUAUCGGGAUUUUGGGGUGGACCCGUCCCAGCCCGGUGGCACCCAAAAUCCUGACAGCCCAAAACUCCGUGCUCUUGGUUAGGUUAGGUUAGUUUUGUGUAACUUUUUG